ACCGAAAUACAAAAAAAAUGGCUGGUGGAAUCAACAAGCCGAAGAAGCCCAUGUCCAAGAGAGGCACCUCUCGUCUUCGACACAAGAUUGAAAAGAAGUCGGCCUCCAAGCAGCGUAAAGACAGAAAGCUCGCCAAGAAGAACCCCGAAUGGCGUUCCAAGUUGAAGAAGGAUCCUGGAAUCCCCAACAUGUUUCCUUACAAGGACAGAAUCCUGCAGGAGAUUGAGGAGAAGAAGCUUAAGAAGGCUGAAGACGCUCAGCGUAGAAAAGAAAUGGCAAAGGCUGCCAAGACUGGAGCCAAGGAGGAGGAGACCAUGGAUGUCGAGGGCGAAGAUGUCGAGGGUGACGAGAUGGACGACGACUACGAUGACGCCGACGUGGACGAGUCCAACCCCAUGGCCGCUCUCAUUGCCAGCGCCAAAGCUGCCGCCGCCAAGUACGACAAGGAGCUCACCGAGGACGUCAUGGACGAAGAUGACGAUGAUGCCGACAACAACGAAGAUAACCGCGAGAUUUCUGUCGGCCAGGCCUCCUCACGCAAGACUUUCGACAAAGUCUUCAAGCAAGUCAUUGACGAAGCCGAUGUCGUUCUCUACGUCCUCGACGCCCGUGACCCCGAGGGCACUCGCUCUCGUGAGGUUGAGCGCAGUAUCAUGGCCGCAGCUUCUGGCGGCAAGCGCUUGAUUCUCAUCCUCAACAAGGUCGAUCUUAUUCCCCCCAAGGUCCUCCGCGACUGGCUCAUCUACCUUCGCCGCUACUUCCCCACGCUGCCACUGCGUGCCUCCGGAGCCGCCCCCAACGCACACGUCUUCAACCACCGCGAAUUGACUGUCCAGAGCACCUCGGCGACGCUGUUCAAGGCUCUCAAGUCCUACGCUGCCAACAAGAACCUCAAGCGCGCCAUCUCCGUCGGCGUCAUUGGCUACCCCAACGUCGGAAAGAGCUCCGUCAUCAACGCCCUCUUGAGCCGCCUGGGAGGCAAGGGCUCCAGUGCCGCAAAGGCCUGCCCUGCUGGCGCCGAGGCCGGUGUCACUACCAGCAUCCGUACCGUCAAGAUUGACAGCAAGCUCACCCUGCUCGACUCCCCUGGUGUCGUCUUCCCCUCGUCGUCGUCCAUCCAGACUGGUGGUCUUGUCAACCUCAAGAACGCGGCUGAGGCCCAUGCUCACCUGGUCCUUCUCAACGCCGUCCCUCCCAAGCAGAUUGACGACCCCAUCCCCGCUGUCACACUACUCAUUCGCCGUCUGUCCUCGUCUCAGGACUUGCUUCAGAAGCUUACUGACGUUUACGACAUCCCCGCACUUCUCCCCAGUCGCGCCGACGGCGACUUCACCACCGACUUCCUGGUCCAGGUUGCUCGCAAGCGCGGAAGACUCGGACGUGGUGGUGUCCCCAACCUUGGCUCUGCUGCCAUGACAGUCGUUACGGACUGGAGAGAUGGCCGAAUCCAAGGCUGGGUCGAGGCCCCCACGCUGCAGGUCGACAUCGGCAACGGCACUACGAAGCCUGCCAUCAAGAAUGCUGGCGACGACGAGGUCAUGGCCGAUCAAAAGGAGAUUGUUACCGAGUGGGCUGCUGAGUUCAAGCUCGAGGGUCUCUGGGGUGACGGCGAGACCGCCGACGACGACGAUGCCAUGGAGCAGUAAUAAUGAUCAUCUUGUGCACAUGAAUGGGUCACGCAUUGGCAGUGUUUCAUAUCCUGAUAUAUAGUUUGGCGUUAAUCGGUUGCUUUGAACAGAGAAAAAAUGGGUUAGAUUGUUUGCAUAAAUACACCAACAUUCAAACA